CGCCUUAUUCUUGUGGUGGCUCAAUCUCAAAUUCAUCUGGGAUGCUGCAGAGUCCCUCCUACCCUGAAAGUUAUCCAAACAACGCUGACUGCAUGUGGGAAAUACAAGUUGAGAAUAAUUUCCGUGUUAUUCUCACAUUUAGAGAUAUUGAGAUGCAAGGCGGGAGAUGCCAGUAUGACUACGUUGAAGUCUAUGACGGGCCUCCACACUCUUCCCCGCUUCUUGGGAGACUUUGUUCUGGUUCUUUUCUCACGUACAUAUCCUCUUCGAACAUGAUGACCGUUCGCUUUCACAGCGAUUCUAGAUACGCCUUCAGAGGGUUUCAGUCUCACUACUCCUCCAUUCCAGAUGGUCACAACACUACCCUUCUGUGCUUGCCAGACUACAUGCAUGCAGUGGUUAGCAGAGACUACCUCCAGUCUCAAGGCUACUCUGCAGAGAUGGUCACCCUGAAAGACAAUCACUGUAGACCGACAGUCACGUCAGAUGAGGUUAUAUUCAACAUUCCCUACAACGGCUGUGGGACAACACGAGAGGAGAACGAUGAUACAAUCAACUAUUCCAACGUGAUCAAAGUUACAUCUUCUGAGCACAUAAUCAAGAGGAAAAAGAGUAUUCACUUACAUAUCGGUUGCAAAAUGCUACACAACACAUGGAUGCAAAUAAUGUAUGUUGCUAAGGACACUGUAGACGUGAAUGAAAAUCAGUUUGGAAGAUAUGACAUGAACAUCACUUUUUAUAAUUCCUCAUCGUUCGUGUGGCAAGUGCAUGACUCUCCAUACUACAUUGACCUGAACCAAAAUUUGUACCUUCAAGCUUAUCUUCACAACUCUGACCCAAAUCUGAUAGUGUUUCUGGACACAUGUGUGACAUCACCUGAUCCUCAUGAUUUUAACACUCUGACCUAUGAUAUAAUCAGGAAUGG